CGGGCCGCAACUUCAACCAAACACCUCUCUCAAGCCCCUUUCCGUCCAACACCCUUCCGUACCGAAACGAGGAAUUUGCGACCAAAAUGGCCGACUUCGAGGAUAAGGGAUCGAAGCGCCUGAGUGCCGACAGAGAAGGAAGCAGGAAGAAGGUCAAGAAGGAGGAAGAGGACGAGUCAAAGUACAACCCCUACUUGGCGCAUAUGAAGGAGGAGAACGGCGUCAAGUCCGAGGAGGGCACCAUUGAUGCCAGCUCACCAUUUUACGGUUUCAAGCAACGCGCCACAACAUCGAAGCAGCACGAGAAGAUCGAAGACCUCGAAGACAACGCCUUCACCGGUCGCCCUCACUCACAAAAGUACUUCCAGAUCCUAGAAGCGCGUCGCGAUCUUCCCGUCACGAAGCAGAGAGAAGAGUUCCUCGAGAAGUACCACUCUACCCAAAUCCUCGUCUUCGUCGGUGAGACCGGUUCCGGAAAGACGACCCAGAUCCCCCAAUAUGUCGUGUUUGACGAGCUCCCUCAGCUCAACCGCAAGAUGGUCGCCUGCACUCAGCCACGUCGUGUUGCCGCCAUGUCCGUCGCACAGCGUGUUGCCGACGAGAUGGACGUUAGUCUUGGCGAGGAGGUCGGAUACAGCAUUCGUUUCGAGGACAGAACCAGCCCCAACACGAUCCUCAAGUACAUGACCGACGGUAUGCUUCUCCGAGAAGCUAUCCACGACCACGAGAUGUCGCGCUACAGCUGUAUCAUUCUCGACGAGGCCCACGAGCGUACUCUCGCCACCGAUAUCCUGAUGGCCCUGCUCAAGCAGAUCGCCGCCCGCCGCCCCGACCUCAAGAUCGUGGUCAUGUCCGCCACCCUCGAUGCGCAAAAGUUCCAGCGCUACUUCAACGAUGCGCCGCUUCUCGCCGUUCCCGGUCGUACCCACCCCGUCGAGAUCUUCUACACCCCCGAGCCCGAGAGGGACUAUGUCGAGGCUGCCAUUCGAACAGUAUUGCAGAUCCAUGCCUCUGAAGGAGAGGGCGAUAUUCUACUGUUCUUGACCGGUGAAGAGGAGAUUGAGGAUGCCUGCCGGAAGAUCAACCUCGAGGCCGACGAGAUGACACGAGAAAUCGACGCGGGCCCGUUGGUGGUUUACCCGCUCUACGGUACUCUGCCACCGCACCAGCAGCAGAAGAUUUUCGACAAGGCUCCGGCUCCGUACAAGAAGGGCGGCCGGCCAGGACGCAAGGUCAUCGUGGCAACCAACAUUGCCGAGACGUCUUUGACCAUUGACGGUAUUGUCUACGUUGUCGAUCCCGGCUUCAGCAAGCAAAAGAUCUACAACCCGCGAAUCCGUGUCGAGUCUCUCUUGGUCUCUCCCAUCUCCAAGGCCUCCGCCCAGCAGCGUGCCGGUCGUGCUGGUCGUACAAAGCCCGGAAAGUGCUUCCGUCUCUACACCGAGCAGGCGUUCAAGAAGGAGCUCAUCGAGCAGACACAUCCCGAGAUUCUGCGUUCCAACUUGGCCAACACGGUUCUGGAACUGAAGAAGCUUGGUGUCCAGGAUCUCGUUCACUUCGAUCUCAUGGACCCUCCUGCGCCGGAGACCAUGAUGCGUGCCCUUGAGGAGCUGAACUACCUCGCCUGCCUUGACGAUGAUGGCGAGCUGACCACCCUCGGAAGUCUCGCCUCCGAGUUCCCCUUGGACCCGGCUUUGGCAGUCAUGCUUAUCUCCUCGCCCGAAUUCUACUGCUCCAACGAGAUUCUGUCCAUCGUCUCUCUCCUCUCUAUCCCUCAGAUCUGGGUCCGCCCCGCCGCUCAGCGUAAGCGUGCCGACGAGAUGAAGGCGCAGUUCUCGCACCCUGAGGGUGAUCAUCUCACGCUCCUCAACGCCUACCACGCCUUCAAGGGCACGGCAAACCAGCCCGACGUGGACCCCAAGAGGUGGUGUCACGAGCACUUCCUCUCCUUCCGUCACCUCAGCAGUGCCGACAACGUUCGUGCGCAGCUGAAGCGCAUCAUGGAGAAGUCUGACCUCGAGCUCGUGUCGACCCCCUUUGAGGACAAGAACUACUACACCAACAUCCGGCGUGCGCUCCUUUCGGGCUUCUUCAUGCAGGUUGCCAUGAGGGAGAGCUCCGGCAAGGUUUACCGUACCAUCAAGGACGAUCAGGCUGUCAUGAUGCACCCCUCCACGGUCCUCAAGACCGACUACGAAUGGGUCCUUUACAACGAAUUCGUCCUCACCUCCAAGCAGUACAUUCGUACAUGCACCGGAAUCAGGCCAGAGUGGCUACUUGAAAUCGCACCCGUCUACUACGACAUUGACACGUUCGACGACGGAAUCGUCAAGACCGCGCUGACCCGGGCCUCGGAGAAGAAGCGCAGAAAGGAGGCCAUGAAGAAUGGUCGGUGAGCAGCCAGCGUGCGCGCGCGCGCGCGGUCAUGCACUCCGCUCGAUUCGAGCGCAGAAACGGCAAACCCAAGUCCCAAAGAGCUCAAUUCUCACAAUCUUACACCCACCACCACCCACUUACCUACCCCUACCUUUUUCGCCAAGGUUGCGAUUACGCUAAGGCCCUGGGGACCUAAUGAAGAGAAAAACUCAGAGUGAUCCGAUUUUGGGAUUUUGGAGGCCCGAAAGCCCCCCCCUUCCCCCAGUUCGAUCGUGAUUUUUUGGCGAGGGUCGCCUCCAUCGCGGCGGGGGCACCGGCCUACCGGACCAGGGGGGUGCGUGUGUUGUUCGAAAGCCUCCCUUUUGGGGCUCAGUUUUUCGGUUGUGAUGGGGAGAAAUUCUCCCCCGUUUUGCGACUACGAACUUCAGCAAUUUUUUUCUUCUUGUUGUCGUUACACAGCCUGGGACCAGGGCACACGGCGGGCAAAUCACUUUGGAGAAGAUGUCAUGGUCGGUCGCUCUUCUCCAACCCGACGAUCCGACAUUGAAGAGACGUGUGUGGGCGGGCUUGGCAGGGGCUCAUUGGGACCGGAAUUUUUUAUUAUUGUUUUCUUUCAUGGUGGUAUGGCGUCCCAGGUAUGACAAAAGAGAAGCAUCAUCAACGGCACAUAGUGAUCGUGUGUGCCCAAAUAGAAGACCACAUUUUCUUGUUCCCUCCACUCGGCAGCAGUAGCAUCUUGCUCGUUGUGUCUGUCUCUCUGUCGUCUGUCCCCGCCUCAUGUCACCCCCCUCUCGGUCCCCUCCCCUCCCUGCCCCCUCUGAUCUUUGCAACCCAUCCAUCUUUACGAGCCAAAAUUAUCCAUGGGUUGUAUGUAGUCCCGGCAGAUGGGUGCAGAUGCAGAACAUGACGGAUGUAGCCGGGUAUCGAAAAGGAGGGGAGGUGGAUGGGAGGAGCCCACUUUCGCGAAAUGCAGCAGCAUUGCGUCUGUGUGUGUGAGAGAGAGAUGGGCCGUGUGAUCAAGGGUGGAUUCCAUGUGUGUGUGCUCUGAAUCCAGCAUUGCCAGCAUCAUUGCUCUCAGCAUUUUUUGGGUAUAAUUGCAUGAACAAGGGUGUGGUGGUUGAAAGAGAGUCAGAGCAGGUCCAGACUCCAAGCUCCAAACGGC